AUGCGAGAAGAUCGGAAGGAAUUUAUGUUCAUCGGCUUUCACAUUUAUUUUCCUCCGUAAGAUCUGAAAUAAACAACAAAUAAAAAAUGUCGUCGGAUAGACUAAAGCAGACACAACGGCAAGUAGAUGAGGUUGUUGAUAUUAUGAAAGUUAAUGUUGACAAAGUAUUAGAAAGAGAUGCGAAACUUUCCGAACUUGACGACAGGGCAGAUCAGUUACAAGCAGGUGCUGCACAAUUUGACACAAAUGCUCACAGACUUAAAAGAAAAAUGUGGUGGCAGAAUUGCAAGAUGUGGAUAAUCCUCAUUGUCGUGAUUAUCGUUAUAAUCGCUGUCAUUGCAAUUUGGGUUGCCGCCACACAAUCAGACUAACAUAUUCGAUGUUUGCCUUAACCUUCAGCUGAGUAAGCAAUUUCCUGAAUGCAGACAUCAUCAUAGUUUUAUUCACAUGUACUUAGUUUGAUUUAUAUAUUUAUUAAAUGAUAGCAUUGUUUAGUACUGGUAGUAAAAUGGUAUCAAUAAUAAAUAUCUUAGAAAUGUCACUCCUUUAAAUAUUCCUCAGAAAUGUACUGCCCCAGUCUGCGUUAGGAACUGCAUGAAUGUCAGAGCUGCAAUUGUAAAAUGUGUGGGGAGUAAUUUUCACCUAAACUCUGUAUUAAUACUCUCGAUUAUAUGUAUAAAUAACUGAAUAAAUAAGUAAUAAUUA